AUGAUGCUGCAGCAGAGCCCUUCUCGCAGCAGUCUUGCUGCUUUGCUGCAGCAGGAGAUUUGGCCUGCAGCAGAUGUGCUGCGUACGCUCAGCUGCUGCGGCUUCGCUGCGAUGCAUCUCCUUCUUUCUUUCCCCCUACUGCUGCUGCUGCUGCUGCUGCUUUCUCCUGUGCGGCUCCCCCAAAGUCGGAAGAGCUCGAAACAGCUGCAGCAGCAGCAGCAGCUGCUGCGGCAGCAAGCGGUUCACCAGCAGAGCUGCAGCGUUGCGCUGCUGCAGCAACGGAGUCCCCUUCAGCCUGUUGCUGCUGCUGUUUCUACUACGGCUCCAGCAGCAGUUGUUGCGGCAACAACAGCUGCGGCAGCAGCAGCUGCAGCAACAACAACUGCAGCAACAGCUGCAGCAGCAACUGCAGCAGCAACUGCAGCAGCAGCUGCAGCAGCAACGGCAGCAACAACAUUGGUUGAAGCUGCAAGCAGCCCUUUAGCAGCAGCAGCAGCAGCAGCAGCAGACAGCAGCGGGGGCGCCCAGCUGUGGGGGCCCCCAGAGGAUAGCUGGGUGCCUCGGGACUGCUGGGGGCCCCCCGCGCGGUGUACAGACACCGGGGGCCCCCCAGGACAUGAGCGGCGGCCUGCAGCAGCAGGCAUGGGGGCCCUGCUGCUGCAGCUGCCUAGCAGCUUAAUAUGCGAUGCAGCAAGACUAACGACAGCUCCGAGCCCCCUCAACUGCAGCGAGGGGCCCCUGCGGGGGGACCUGCCCAGCUGCAGCACAGCAGAAGAUACAGAUGCAGCAGCAACACCAGCAGCACAGGAUUGCUGCCAGCAGCGAUGCAGCGGUAGCGGUGCCUACAGCUGCCGCAGCAGCACCAGCACUUGCUGCUGUGCCUUUGAAGCAGAAAUGCUAAGACAACAUAGAGGGGAAGCAGCCGAUGGUUUGCUGCGGCUAGACGAGGACGUUCUCCUGCAUGGGGACCAACCUCCUCCUCAUCCUACUACUACUUCUGCGUCAGCUGCUGCUGCUGCUGCUGCUGCUGCUGCAGCAGCAGCAGCAGCAGCAGCAGCUUGA